AUGGGAGCUUACCUGCGUCGCGAGCGGCGUGAGAGGGAGCAGCAGAAGGACGUGGGGCCCCUGUGCUUCGGAAAUGAGGCUAUGAGCGACGAGCAGCUGGGCAGCGUGCUGAUCAUGCGGAACGAGCGCCUGCUGGAAGCCGCGCAGCAGCAGAGGAUCGGCAUGGAGCGGGAUCCCGAACUUGCCAAGAAGGGCUGGACGAGCGAAGCGCUGCGCGCGCAGCUUGCGCCCGGCGUGGCGGAGAGGCUCGAAGAACUGGCCCAGCGGGCAGAUGAAGUCAGCGUGGACCGGUACGAGGAGCUGGCGCUUGAAGCAGAGGACAUGAUCAUACGACAGCUUGACGACCUGUACGCCGAUGGCGGCUGGGAACCCGGCAACACUCCGCCGGAGCUCGUGUCCAAGCUGGGUGAGGACGAGGACCCCUUCGCCUUGAAUGCCGCCGCUUCGAGCUCCGCCCCUCCUGUUUGGCCAUUAGAAACUCCAAAGGAGUACAAGAGAAGCGUUUCGCAGAGCGUGAGAAGUGGCAGGGACAGCACGGUGGCAGCGCGACGCGAGCGCGAGCGUCGUGAGGCCGAAGCGCAGGAGAGGCGGCGGCGGGAGGAGCUGGUUGAGAAGCACUUGCAGACCCCCCUGCCGAAGGAGUUCGCGCUGCAGAGCUUCGAGACCAGCCGCGUCUCCCCGGCCUCCUGGGUCCCAAAGGGGAACCUAGCCACCUCGCAGGUGCACCGAGGGAACGCUGCUUCCGGGUCUCAAGACUCUGCGGCAGAAGGCAAGCCGGUGUUGAAUGCCAUGGCCGAAACAUGCAGAAUUGCGGGCCACAAUAGGCAUCCAUAG